GCGCUGCCGCCUGGCGGGGCCGCUGAGGGGCCCGUUAAGGCGGCGGGACGCGGGGGGCUCCGUGCGCACUAUGGCGAAGCGGCUGAGGAGCAGCGAGGUGUGCGCCGACUGCAGCGCCCCGGAUCCCUGCUGGGCAUCGAUAAACAGGGGGAUUCUCAUCUGUGACGAGUGCUGUAGUGUUCAUCGAAGUCUGGGGCGUCACAUCUCUCAAGUGAGGCAUCUCAAGCACACCCCAUGGCCUCCAACACUGCUGCAGAUGGUGGAAACACUGUAUAAUAACGGUGCAAACUCCAUAUGGGAACAUUCCUUGCUGGACCCCGCCUCUGUUAUGAGCGGGAGGCGCAAAGCAAGCCCACAGGAUAAAGUGCAUCCCAAUAAGGCAGAAUUCAUUAGAGCUAAAUAUCAAAUGUUGGCGUUUGUUCAUCGCUUGCCUUGCCGUGAGGACGACAGUGUCACUGCCAAAGAUCUCAGUAAGCAACUCCAUUCCAGUGUGAGGACAGGGAACCUGGAGACGUGUCUGCGAUUGCUUUCCUUGGGAGCUCAAGCUAACUUCUUUCAUCCUGAGAAAGGCAACACCCCUCUCCACGUGGCUGCCAAGGCAGGGCAGACUCUACAGGCAGAGUUAUUAGCAGUUUAUGGCGCUGAUCCUGGCACGCAAGAUUCCAAUGGAAAAACUCCAGUUGACUAUGCAAGACAAGGGGGGCACCAUGAGCUGGCAGAGCGCCUGGUGGAGAUCCAGUACGAGCUCACAGACAGGUUGGCUUUCUACCUCUGUGGCAGGAAACCAGAGCAUAAAAACGGACAGCACUUUGUGAUACCUCAGAUGGCAGACAGCAGUCUAGAUUUAUCAGAACUCGCAAAGGCAGCCAAGAAGAAGCUUCAGUCUCUAAGCAACCAUUUGUUUGAAGAACUUGCUAUGGAUGUCUAUGAUGAAGUUGACAGGAGGGAGACAGAUGCAGUUUGGCUUGCUACUCAGAACCACAGUACACUUGUGACAGAGACUACAGUGGUUCCUUUUCUUCCCGUAAAUCCUGAGUAUUCCUCAACCAGGAAUCAGGGAAGGCAGAAACUGGCUCGAUUUAAUGCCCAUGAAUUUGCUACAUUAGUUAUAGAUAUUUUAAGUGAUGCCAAGCGGAGGCAACAGGGGAAUCCCCUCUCUGGUUCAAAAGAAAAUGUGGAGCUGAUUCUCAAAUCGAUCAGCAACCAGCAUAGUGGUGAGAGUCAGGACAAUGACCAGCCUGAUUAUGACAGCGUUGCUUCAGAUGAGGAUACUGAUCUGGAAACAAAUGCAGCUAAAUCAAACAGGCAGAAGAGCCUGGAUUCGGACUUGUCAGAUGGGCCAGUGACAGCCCAAGAAUACAUGCAAGUUAAAAAUGCACUGGUGGCUUCAGAAGUGAAGAUUCAGCAGUUAAUGAAAGUGAACAUCAACCUGAGUGAUGAGCUGAGGAUCAUGCAGAAAAAGCUUCAAACGCUGCAGAGUGAAAAUACCAACCUCAGAAGACAGGCCACAACCAAUAUAUAUCAGGUCCAAAGUGGUUCUGAAUACACAGACCCUACCAACAAUUCUUCUUUAAAGCGACGACCAUCUGCACGUGGUAGCAGACCCAUGUCCAUGUAUGAGACUGGAUCAGGUCAGAAACCCUACCUCCCCAUGGGAGAGGUUCCAUACCCAGAAGAAAGCAUAACACGACUGCAGCCUUUCCCUCCACAUAUCGGGAGGAGUGCGUUUGUGACCUCCUCUUCAUCUCUACCUUCCUUCCCCUCCACGCUUUCCUGGUCAAGGGAUGAAAGCACAAGAAGGGCCUCUAAGCUGGAGAAGCAGAGCAGCGUGUCCGAGGGUGACUAUGACAACCCCACCACCCCCCUGGAGCUGGAGGAGACAGGGUCGGGCAGGAAGGGCCGGCAGAGGAGCAUCAUCUGGCAGGGGGAGGGAUCCAUCCCUGAAGACACAGACACAGCUCCCAGCUCCAGUUUGCCCAGUACGGAAGAUGUGAUUCGGAAAACUGAGCAGAUCACUAAGAACAUCCAGGAGCUGCUGCGGGCGGCACAGGAGAACAAGCACGACAGUUAUAUACCGUGCUCCGAGAGGAUACAUGUGGCAGUAACAGAAAUGGCAGCCUUGUUCCCAAAAAAACCCAAAUCUGAGCUGGUCAGGACUUCCUUGCGCCUGCUGACAUCUAGUGCCUACAGACUCCAAUCCGAGUGCAAAAAGACGCUUCCUGUGGAGACGUGCCCCGGCACUGACAUCCAGCUGGUCACCCAGCAGGUCAUCCAGUGCGCCUACGACAUCGCCAAGGCAGCCAAGCAGCUGGUCACCAUCACAACCAAAGAGAACAACAACUGAGUCACACUUGGCUUUUUAGUCCUGUUUUGUAAAGGUUGGAUUGCAAACGUAGGUGUGGAACUGCUCGGAUUUUUAUGAGGAAGAACUAAUGGGGCAGGAAACUUUUAUUUUAAGAAACCCUCAGUAUUAUUUUUGCAUGUUUUCUAACGAUUUUAUGAUUAAUUUAACCCACUGCCUUAUUUUGUGCCUGUGUUGCCAGUGUAGUUACAGGUAAUAGCAUGUUGCAAAUAGCUGUCGAGCCAAUACAGCGUACCAGCGUUGUCUCAAGCUCUCGCUAGAUGUUUCCUUGGGGGCCACGUUCUGCUUUCAGAUGGCACUUUGCAAAACUCCCACUGGAGUCACCACAUGCACCAGCAGGCCACAUCCUGCCCCUGGGGCUCUCCGUCCUGGAGCUGCACAUGUCCUGAUGGUGCUGACUGAGAACCCUGCAGCAAAAGAGGCUCUGAAGGCUCCAGGACCGUAACUGGCUGCCGUCCCAAUGGAGGAGUAUGAGCCGAGUAGUAUCUGUUCCCGUAUCAACUGUUGUGCAAUAAUACGUUCUUAGUCUGCUAAAACAAGGAGUAGUUGUGGGCAUCCAAGCUUAUGACGUGUAACUAUACGAGGUCUUUGUCACUUUAUCUGUUUUUUGGAAGGAAUUUGAAACUCAGUAGUUCUUUCUUUUAGUUGUCACUAUGCCAUUAAUAUAUAUGUUUGAUGUUACUUUAGGGCAUUAGUGGUUAAAAAUAUUAUCCUUUGUUUCUGAUUUAAUAAUUGAUUCUUCAGUUUCCCACAGAGUUUUAUUGUCAGCUUCAAGCACCCUCUGGUUGGCAGCAGCAUCUCUCAGUGACUCAAGAUGCAUUUUCACUAAAGAUCUCUGUACUCAUUGAAAAGGAAAGGAAGUUAGAAGAGUGCCAGUGCAAAGCAGCUCUCUCUGCCAUAGCACAGAACUGCUGUACCUCAGGAUAGCCAAAUGUGAAAAGAGCUCUUCUAUCCAGUGAGUUUUAUGCAAAUCUUGUAACAUUUUAGGAGCUAUGUAUGGAGCGACCAGGGUGGGCUGUGUGUUGGAAAGGCAGUGGGGUCACAGAUGUCAUUGUGUGUUUUGGGUUUUUCAUUCAUCACAGUUCACAAAGCUUCCCAAAUCUGUCAGUCCAUCAUUUCAACACUUAGGAGGUUUUGGGGGAGUCUAAAUUCCAUGGACAGGGGGAGAUAUCAGUGAUUUUUCCCUCUGCUGUGUCCCAUUUGGAACUGUCCCAGCUGCCACUGCCAAGGAGCUGAGGUGUCAGCAGGGUUGGGGAGCUGUGAACGUUCAGAGCUUUCACAGACCCCUCUGGGUCAGAAACGCUGUUCCAGAGCCAGGCUGCAGCACAGGGUCUACCCAAACCAUGCACCCCUACAGGCCUUCUGGUGGGAAACAAGCUGAGAGGUUGGUUCCUUCUCAAGUUGAGUGUGUUUGUAUUUUAUCUGAACACAGUGCCACAACACUGUUGGAUUCCUGUUGUGACUAGCUCCCUUCUUAAAGCAGUGCAAGGUAGAGGGAGGGAAGGAAUGGAGAGUCAAUGACAACCCAGUAAAUUCACCUUCAAUGUGGGGUUUUUACUUUCUGCACUUCUGAAUUCCAGAAGUGUCUUUGACCUUCCAGGAAUGGGAUUAGAACCACAAAAGGUAUUUGUAAAACCUGCUUCACAGUUAUGCUACUGGCAGUUAAAUAGAGUGAUCUUUUCCUUAACUUGGCACCACUGCCAGGCAGGAGGUGGUUCUUGAAGCCUCUCAGGCCACUGCUGUGUGCUUUUAAGAUAUCUUGCCUGAUUUCCAGGCCACGGAAAUACUGAGUUCUGUUGUAAUCUAUCAGCUGUUUGCUUCUAUACCAAACCAAACGGACACUCUUGAGAGCUGCAAGCCCUUCUUCUUGCUAUGCCAGCUCCAGGUUUCUUAAACCCAAGCAUUUAGCUCUACCUUUAGCUAUAAAAUCAUGGUUAACCCAUAACUGAUUUCCUGUUCUGCCACCUAAACACCAUUUCUGGCCACUUCCCUGCCUCCAAACAAACCUUUGCUCGGGGUGGGUUAUGGCCACACAGCACUGGGCCUUGGUUUUAUAACACCUCAAAUAACAAAGGCGGUUGUGUCGUUUAUGACUAGAUCUCCCCUUUCUUCCCUCUAACCAAACUGGUCUUUCUUUACAAAAUGCUGCAUAGGAAAGUAAAAAAUUUAUUUGCCUUUUUUCCAAAACUUGUAUUUAUCAGUGUCAUUUGCCUGUACAAUAUUUUGACUUAAUCUUUUGUUUACAGUAUUACUAUAAAAUGUUAAAACCC